AUGGCAGCACGACGUAUCGCCAAGGAGUUCAAGGAAGUGACCGAUAACCCCAUCCCAGGCAUCAGCACAUCUUUAGUGAAGGAGGAAGAUUUGCAUCUAUGGAAGGUCGAGAUGGAAGGCCCUGCAGAUACACCAUAUGCCGGUGGUUUAUUUGUUCUCAACGUCGUCCUACCCAAAGACUACCCAUUCAAACCUCCCGUGGUCAACUUCGUAACUCGCAUUUACCACCCCAACAUUACCUUUGAUGAAAAAGGAUCAAUUUGCGUGGAUGAGUUGAAGCAAGACAAAUGGAAGCCUAGUGGAAAGAUCACAGCUAUUCUUGGGGCGAUCAGGAAUCUUUUAAUCACUCCAAAUCCAGAUGAUCCUUUAGAAAACACGAUUGCGGAGAAGUUGAAGAACGACGCGGACGGUUUUGCAAAGGAAGCGAAGGAAAAUACAAAGAAAUACGCCAUGAAGAAAUGA